UGCGUCGACUACAUGGACUUGAACAAAUCUUGACGCAAAGACGCCUUUCCCCUUCCAAACAUUGACGGACUAGUCGACGCCACAUCGGAGCACCAAUACUUCAGUUACAUGGACACUUACUCUGGGUAUAACCAAAUAUCCAUGCAUUGGCUCGACUAAGAUAAAACCGCUUUCGUAACUCCCGAUGACACGUAUUGUUACACGAUUAUGCCAUUUGGAUUAAAAAAUACUGGGACUACCUACCAGAGGCUCAUCACAAAAAUCUUUCAAGACCUCUCUGGAACCAAGCAGGAGGUCUACAUCGAUGACAUACUUGCCAAAAUCCAAACCGGCGAAUAGCUCAUCAGCGACCUUAAACUCGUGCUAGACACCUUAAGGAAGCACCGAAUGUGUCUCAACCCGACGAAGUGUGCAUUCAAGAUGGAAGCCAGGAAAUUCCUAGGCUUUAUGAUCACUCAACGGGGCGUGGAAGCGAACCCGGAAAAAUGCAGGGUCAUCUUUGAGAUGAGCAGCCCGGCAAGUCUCAAGGACGUCCAAAGGCUAACUGGCCGACUAGCCGCCCUCUCCCGAUUCCUCGGAGCCUCGACCCAAAACGCCAUUCCUUUUUCAAGCUCAUGAAAAAGGGCAUAAAUUUUAAAUAGAAAAUCGAGUGCGAAGAAGCCUUACUUUCUAAGCCCAGAACGAGAGAAACACUUUACCUCUACUUGUCCAUAACAGAGGAAGCACUAGCCGUGGCGCUUGUCCGAGAAGGCGAGCAGAGAGUACAAAGACCCAUAUACUUCAUAAGAAAGGUCCUCCAGAGUGUGGAGACACACUAUUCCCGGCUCGAGAAACUCGCCUUCACAAUACUUAUAACCUCACGACGUCUCCGACAAUACUUCCAGGCCCACCCCAUUACGGUUCGGACCGACUAGGCAGUCAGGCAAGUGUUUCAGAAGCCGGACCUUGCAGGAAGGAUGCUCACAUGGUCCGUCGAACUAUCACAAGAGAGAGAAAGAUUUGGACUUGGAACGAUGGAGCAGGAGGAAGAAAAAGUUUCGAAUGCCUUCAUUCCCUCGUCGUUGUCGUCCUCCGAUUUGGAACAAGUGCUCCACUCUCUGCCUUCCAACGCCCUCAACCACUUGUUCUCCCUCGGCGUAUGUGUCCGCUGCGUCCUUCGUCUCUUUGGUAUCAAAGGCCCAAUCUGUGCCUCAGUUGAUAACGGUUCCGAAAACCCUCUAGACUCAACCACUUCCAACGAAGCUAAACUCUGCAACAUUUGCUUAGGGAUUCUGCAGUUCAGGUUUUACGAUGAGAGAGAGAAAAGAGUGUUGCAGAAGGAUACUGCUUAUGACGUGGCACUCCUCAUUGCUGACAUGGUUAAGCAAGAGAGAUACCAGUUCGAUACCUUCUCACUUGAAGUUUCCAUUCCUCCUCUCAUCCUUCAAAACGAAACCUCUGUUUGGUCAUAUAUGCAAAAGAAAUAUGGAUCUGAACCUUGGUUUCAAGAAAAGCUGCACACUGGAUGUAUCUCUAUAAAGGAUGCUUUGAAGUUUUCUCUAAUAAAUCCUCUUGAAAAUCUAUUGGGUUGUAAAUCAAGUUUGUGCCCUUUCCGGAUUCGUUUAACAUACACUCACACCAAAGCAUCGGAAGGUGUCGCCAAAUGUUCUGAAAAUGAUGGGAGUUGCAAGAGAAGAAAAACAGGUGAAUCCAAUUUGAUUGGAGAGAGGCCUCUUAGCAGUUCAGUAGAAAUUGAAUCCUUUGACAGCUCCAAGUUAUUUCUGAAAAGUGCAAGUGAACCUUGCCAUUUUAGUUACAAUUGCUCCAGGACACCAUUCUAUUUUGGUGGGAGAUACCUGAAGUAUUCACGGAAUGUGAGUCAAACACGCUGGAUCAUUGAUGAUGAAAGAAUGGGGGAAGCAUCAGUUGAGGAAAUAAUUGGUACAAAGGUCCUUCAAGCAUGCCGUGGUGAUAACUAUAAGUUUCAUGCUGCUGGAAGAGAGGAUAUUGAUGUCCGAAUGUUGGGUCCUGGUAGGCCAUUUAUUCUUGAGGUGCAAAACACACGGCUAGUCCCAACUGAACAGUUUGUAAACAACAUAGAGAAAAUGAUUAAUGAAGUGGAAAAUAAAUUGGUGAGGGUGAAAAAUCUGAAACUUGUUGGCAGUGAUGGCUGGAACCUUAUGCGAGAAGGUGAAGCAGAGAAGCAGAAGCAAUAUGCUGCUUUAGUGUGGACUUCUCGUCCUCUGAAGGAUGAAGAUUUUCAACAAGUAUCUUCACUAAAAGAUUUGAAAGUUGUGCAGAGGACCCCAAUAAGGGUGCUUCAUCGUCGCAGUCCUCUAGAGCGUGAAAAGAUUAUUCAUUGGAUGAAAAUGGAGACAGUUGCUGGAAGUUCCCAAUAUUUUCUUUUGCAUCUAUGUACGCAGGCUGGGACCUACAUCAAGGAAUUUGUUCAUGGCGAUCUUGGACGCACCCAUCCCAGCAUCGGAUCUAUCUUGGGUUGUACAGCUGAAAUUUUGCAACUUGAUGUCACAGACAUCAAAAUGGAAUGCUUCCUAACAUAGUAUGUUAUGUGAUGUUCUAACUGAUCUUGGGAAUGAAUAUUGCUUUGAUGGAAGACACUAUUCAAUCCCAACACGUAUUUGAAAAAAGAAUCUGGUAACUAGUACUAAAAGAUGGUUCCUAAGGAACGCUGCAUGUUUUUUCAUAUGCCUAUUCGGUUCCUUAGGAGUUGUUUUUAAGUUAGAUUUUGGAGGGGAAGAGAAGACUUCUAAUGUAAAUUUUACACUAGAAAUGAUCCAAAACCCUGUUUUUUUCUCCUAACCCUUAAUUCACAAACCAUUCCUCGUAGGUUUUUAACAGUUUACCCUAGUUGAGAAUCAAGUUUACAAUCUAAACAGAAAAGACAAGACCAGCACCCAUUUGGGAUUUGUCUUGCUGGUGAGCAAUUCACCUCUCCAUCGACUUUGCUUUUUGUAAAUUCAGUCAGUCAUAAACAGUUUAAUACUUUCAUUUCAUCAUGGUAUUUCAUGAUUUACGUUGAUUCCAAUAUUUAUUGUGUUUCAAAUGGGGUUCCUGUUAAA